GCUAUUAUAUAAUCAGUGCUGUACAACAAACCAAUCAGUUGAGUGGUUGAAAGACACGAGAGUUAAAUUCUUUUCGUUUAGUCAAGUAAAUUCAAGUUAAAAUGUGUGGAAUCGCCAUCAUCAAUGUCAUUCUAGGAUGUCUCGCCUUCAUCUUUCAGAUAAUGGCGCUGUUCGUUUCAGAUGAUUUUCACACUUACUCGCAAGAUUUGGCGUUUACGGGAAUUUGGGGUGGAGUCUAUCUCAUCUUGUUUGGUGCCUUACUGAAAAAUCACAAAAUCGGUUCGGGGACCAUCAAAGUUAUGGCGGUCGGCGGCGUGAUAAUCGGCGCGAUUUUAAUCGGAUUGUUUUCGUGGAGCAUCAAUUCGUACCCACUGCCAGUUGAUGGUUGUCAAGGAUGGGACUAUUACAAUCCGGCAACUAUCCUCCUAUCAUGCAGUCGAGUCGUCGUUGAUUCGCUGUUGAUUGGCUGCGGCAUUUUGAUUGUUCUAGUCAACACCAUCAUAGCCUCAAAGGCAUCCUCUUUGGUGUUUACCAGUUACUAAUUCAAACUCAAUUGAUUCCCACGUUCGCCAUCACCAUUGAUCAUAAGGUUAUCCUUCUCAAAAAAAUUUAUUAAAUCCACCAAAAAUGUCGUCCAAUAAAAAUCAAAAGAAAGAUUCAACAAACGUUCAAAAAGUGCAAGUCAAUAUUUCAGCCAAUCGAUUGCGAUAAAAGGAGAUCUUCAAAUAUUAAAUGAGUUAAAAUGAUAUUUGGAAAUUCAGCAUAAAAUAUUCAAGUUUGGGAUGUAAAUCAACUUUGAUGACGUAUAGUUUGAUUUCAAUCAAUAAAAUGAUGAAAACAAAUUAAACAAUCAAUCAACCCGGAGCAUACCAGUAGCCAAGAGGUUGUUGUUUUGAAA